CUGCGCGGAGCUGCGCGGAGCCCGGCUCGGCCCCUCGGCAGCGCCCGCCGGCACCGGAUGCGCCGCUCCGCCCCGGCUGCUAGCGAAGGAACAAAAGUUUGGGGGCGACUUACCGCCGCGGGAGGGCCGGAGGAGGAGAAUGCGCGGUUUCCCCGUAUGAUCGGAAAGGAAGGAUGACCAAGGGAGGAUGUGCACCAGCAGCCAGAUCAUCGGGAGCCUCCUGGUGCUCUCCGUGCUGGAGAUAGGGUUAGGGGUGUCCAGCGUGGCCGUGGGGGCGGUCAGUUUCAGCCUGGUCCUCACAGAGCAUAAACCUCAGCUGGGAGACUCUUCUCCGGUAUGGAGCGGGGUGUGUUUUCUGCUUUGUGGCAUAUGUGGAAUAUUGUGCGCCAAAAAAAAAUCUGGACUUGUUAUGAUACUUUUUUCUGCCUGUUGCAUCUGUGGACUAAUCGGAGGAAUCUUAAAUUUUCAAUUUCUUCGUGCUCUGACAAAGAAGUCAUCUGCUCUUUAUUCUUUGCAUCUUGCCUCCAUGUCUCUUGCGUGCAUUGGAAUUGGUGGUUGCACCCUUUCUUCAUGGCUCACUUGUCGGCUAGCCAGCUAUGAACAAAGGCGAAUGUUCUCAGAAAGAGAACAUUCAUUGCAUCACUCUCAUGAAAUGGCAGAAAAAGAAAUGACAGACAACGUAAGCAAUGGUGGCCCACAUCUGAUUUAUAAUGGAAGUAUAUAUUAAGAGGUAUUUAAAAGUUCCAUGGAAAGAAAUGGGUUUAGAACUUUCUUCAGGAAAAAUAAUAGACUCCAAGGAAUUAAGAAAAUAGAACUAUCUUAGCUUUUAUGGCUCCAAUGUUACAACUGCAGAACAGCACAGUUGCAUUUUCCUUUUAGAAACAUGUUCAAAAUUUGUCUCCUAAACAUUUUGAGGAUAUACAGUAUUUAUUCAUUUCCUGGCUACUCUCUUUUUUCUUUU